UUGAGAUGUGGAAUGUUAUGUGUUAGCGCAGCUUAAAGAUAUAAAAUCAAUUCUACUUCAUUUCACGGUGCAUUCGGUUACAUUCAAAAUGUACGCUGUUGAGAAGAAGUUCGAAAUAGAAAUGAAGUUACGAAAGGAGAUCAUGAAUAUACAAGAGCUGAAGUCGGCCGCAAACCGGAGUACGACACUGGCGAAUGAUGUAUGUAAUGUGCUCGGUGCAUGUGAGCAAAGGCUUCAACAACUUGAGACAGCUGUGUUGCCCUUAUAUGGAGACACUGCAAGAUUACAACUUGUACAUCAAAAUAUGGAGCGAACGGCAAAAGCUUUAGACCAUGUAAUCAAUUAUUACAUGGUAUCGAGGGAACUGGCUGAUUUAAUACAAGCAGGUCCACAUACAACAACUACAGAGACACUCAACAUUUACUUGGAGGCUUUGGAUAAGCUGGCUGAUGCACAGACAUACUUCAAUAAGAAUAAUCCACAGAGUGUUGAGCUAGAGAAUAUAAAUCAACUCUACAACACGGGAGUAUCAAAACUGGAAAGUGCCUUUGAAGAGCUAUUGAAUCGUAACACGAGACCUCUUUCGCCCACGGCAAUUAUGGAUAUGAUUGCAUUGGAAGAAGAUUCUAGUGUGGAGAGUGUGAGCGUGGGCGGCAGCUCGUCGUCGUGCAGCGUGCAGGGCGAGGCGCUCCGGGCGGCCGCGGGCUGGCUGUCGGCGGCGGGCCGGGCUCCCGUUGCAGCCCUGAUGGCGGCCAGAGCCCCCGCCGCCAAGGCCGCCCUCGCUGCCUUUCGCGAUUACCUGCGGGAGAGAUCCGUGGCCGCUUCACCGCUCAUGAGAGCUAAAAAUCUACUAAAUCGUUCUGACAGCACGUCACAAAGACGCACCAGCAAAAUACAGAAAGUAUUGGAGAAGCGCGCCAACAAGAUCAUGAUGAAAGCUUCCCAGACGCUGGAGCAGUCCACCGGGCUGGCCAUCGGGCCUCGCAAGUCCAUCGCUGAAUACGGAGACGAGUCCGGCAGCGAGGCCCUGGACGAGUGGGAGGCGGAGGUGGCGGGCAGCGUGGCCAGCGCCGUGGCGCGCCUGGCCCGCGCGGAGCAACGCGCGCUGCUCGGCCUCGUGCCGCUGGCCGCGCUGCCCGCCCUGCUCAACGCCGUGCUGGCCGACUGCUUCGCGCUGCUGGCUGCCGACGUGGAGCGCGUGUGCGGCCGCAGCCGGCGCGCGGCGCACCGCUGCGGGGGCGGCGCGGCGGCGUGCUGGGCGCUGUACUGCCGCCUGCUGCGCCUGCAGCCGGACCUGGAGCGGGCGCUCGCACCGGCGUCGCCGGCGCCCUUCCACGCCAUCCUGCACACCUGUCAAACGAACGGGGUCCGCGCGCUGGAGGAGUGGGUGGGGCGCAUACGGGCGGAGGGCGCGAGCGGCGCGGUGGACGGCACGGUGCACCAGCUGGCCCUGGCCGCGCUGGCCCACUGCCAGGCGCUCGCGCAGUACAUGCACGCCAUCGGGCCGGCGCUGCUGGGCGAGCCCGCGUACCAGCGCGCCGUGAGCCAGCUGCCCGCCGCGCGCGACCGCAACGCCGCCGUGCUGGCCGUCUACAUGAGGAAAGUCUUAGCGCAGUUGAACUUCGCUCUCCGCAACAAGAGCGAGCAGUACUCGGACGCGCUGAAGGCGAUCUUCUUACUCAACAACACGCUCUACUUGCUGCAGGGCUUGCAGCGCACCGGGCUGCUGGAGAUCUUGUGCCUGGCGGAGCCGGACUGCGAGGCCAACUACCGGGACAUGCUGCAAGAGCACAAGAGCGCCUACCUGCAGAGCUGGAACAAGUUGCUGUCCUACGUGCAGCUGGACGAGCCGCUCCCCGCCAAACUCAGGGACAGGGACCGGCAAAUGCUCAAAGACAAAUUUUCGUGUUUCAACCGCGAGUGGGAGGAGUGCACGCGGCUGCAGCGCGGGUACAGCGUGCCCGACGCCGAGCUGCGGGAGGCCCUCAAGCGCGACAACAAGCAGGCGCUGCUGCCGCCCUACACGGCCUUCUACGACGCCGCCGCCGCGCUGCCCUUCUCCAAGAACCCCGACAAGUACGUCAAGUACACGCCGCUGCAGAUCGCCACCCAGCUGGACGGAUACUUCGAUGAGGCUGCUUAGUAUUGUACAUGUGUUCCAUCAUGUUAUAUCAAUACUACUAUUACACUACGUAUUAUUAUUACCACGUAUUACUGUUCAUUACUUACUAUACGUGUCGGCUGUAGAUCCUCAGACGGGUAUAUUCGUAUAUUCGUUGAAAACUGUGUCUCCAAUAUUCCGACGGCCCACGCAAUCAUUAGUUAAACGUGGUUUUGAUUAAAUUAAUAAACUAAUGUAAUUUUAGGUUUAAUAAAUUAAUUAAAUUUUAAUUAAAAAAUUAAAAUUACAAUACGAUACAAAUUUGAAUUAACUUUUACGUGAUCGAGAAGUUAAAAAACUCGCACUAAGCGUAUUCUAACUGUAUUCGGAUCCGAAGGGAGCGACAGCCGUUACACACAAACAGUUGAGACUCAGACCUCACGCCUCAAGGGGGCGGCCGACGCCGAUGAGCUUCGACAACCACCCGCUCGCGACCUGCAUACAUUCAACUAAGUCAUUUACUUGAUCGACUUAGUAUUUCCUCGUGGUUGCAGAUAAAUCAUUACAUUUUCAGCGGUAGGCCGCGGCUUGCCCCUGGCAUUGCUGA